GGUCAGUCGAUGGAGAUCUAACAGACAUUUAUUAGGUAUUACAAAACACCCAUUUCUUACCCAAACCCCUUAGAGCACCCCGGUCAGAGUGAGAGAGAAAUGCCAAGCAGUCCCUAGGUAUCGCGAGAGAGACCCCCCAAAAACACAUUAAUACGCGGGGGGGGUGGAAUAUUUCCCCCAAAAACCCGGGAAGAGAUUAACAGGCUGAUUUCCACCCGGAGACUUACCCAGGAAGGAGGCUUUUUCCCAGCGAGGGUAGUGAGACACCUAAACCCGGGGAGUAAGAGUCGUAAACACACUCAACCCCAAAGAAGAAUGGCUUCAAUGACCUUUGGUCAGAAGUCCUUUACUCCCACACCGCCACAGAAAGGCAGCUUUCCUCUCGACCAUGAGGGAGAGUGCAAGAAAUUUAUGAUUAAGUACAUGCUAUGCUUGCGUGAGAACCAGAACCAGAAUGAGAAGUGCAGAGAGGCUUCCCGCGACUACUUGGGUUGCCGCAUGGAGAAAGGGCUAAUGGCCAAGGAAGAGUGGAGCAAGCUUGGGUUUUCCGAUCUGGCCGGCAGCAAAGUAGAGUCAUCGUGA